AUGUUGGCCGAUCGAAGAAUUCGUAAGAAUUUGCCAGUUUUUAUCGGGCUUUCCGUGCUUCUUCUGUUCAUUUUUGGAUAUUUGUAUACCAGCAGGUUGGUUUAAAGGGAGGUCAAAGAUUAAAAUCGCUGCGAGACCUCAAUUUAAAUUUACUGAAACCAGUGUGCAAACACCACCACGCCCAAAUGCACAGUGAACCUUAAGUUUUUAAGCUUCGAUUCCUCACACAUUGGAACUUCUAUAGACGAUGAACAAUCACAAUCACAAUCCGAAAACGAAGAAAAUAGUUUACAACAAAAUCGAGAAGAUCUUCAGAAUCCACCGUACGAUGAAACAUUGUCUAAAGAUCCUAGAAUUCGUCAGAGGAAUCGUGAGGAAACUGCAAAUGCCGAGUCAUUUUACGACGAAAAAUUGAGAGAGAAACAAGAAGCGGAUAGACUUUCUGGAAAUGGUAAGAGAGGGGAUUGUCCGGGAGAAAUACACGAAAUGUUUUUGAACAAAAUUUCACGGCCGAGGUUGGAUUUCUAGGCCAUAAUUCAGUCUGAAAUCCCUCUUACAAGGGGUUAUCAUGAAAUAUAUGUUUUCUAGUAGUUUUCGAAACGCUUUUCACGAUUAUGCUGUCAAAAACUGCAAAACUCCAUUUCUAACAUGAGUUAUGACGUGGCAAAGUUCAAAAAUUGGGAUUUCAGCAGCUGAAAACUAGCUUCAGAAAUGAUUUUCAGGCAAAUCUGAUAGCAAACUUUGAAAAAAAAUUUUUGUUCAGGCUGGUUCUAUCAGAUUUUGAUGAAAAUUGUUUCUGAAGCUAGUUUUAAGCUUCUAAAAUAACGAAAUUUUGAAAUUUGCCACGUCAUAACUCAUGUUAGAAAUGGAGUUCUGCAAUUUUUGACAGCGGAAUCGUGUUCAGCGUGUCGAAAACUACUAGAAAACAUAUAUUUCAUUAAAAAUCUUGUUAGCUUUAAACUUCACUUUCGGUCAUAUUUAAUUUUUAGCCUACAUCAGAAACAAUAAAUCCCCAUUCAUCAAGACAAAAAAAAAUAUCUAUCCAGUUUUCGUUAUUUUUUCCUCUCGUCAAACAAUUUAUGUUUUUUUUGUAACACAAAGAUUGAAAUCGCGAAAUUUAAAAUUCGAACAAAGCCCACUUCUCUAAUUUCGUCAACUAAUAUGAAUCCAGGAUUCUAUUUUCGAUUUCUCUCAACUCUCACCCUUUUAUCUUUCGCUAUUUUUAUGCUGAAAAAUGUUUUGGAUAAAGCGGAGUUGGAAAGUUGGUUGAAAAUUUCUACCAAACAAAUAUUGUUUUGUUUAGGAAACGCUGAUGUUGUUGAGGAAGAUAUCGAUCCAUUGAACAAUGCUGCAAAACCUACGAAAAGUUGGAACUCUACUUUGAUUUCACAGAAUGUUGUUGGAGGUUCGGAAGCAGCUAAGGUUUGUCAAAAGAAUCUUCGCCUAAGUACAAAUUCCCCUUUCCAGACUUGGUUCCGCUCUCGCCUCCCAUCUCGUCGCUAUCAAAAACUUCUAGGCGACGUCGAAUCCUCUCCAAAAAGUCUCGGACAGCCUGAACAUCUCGAAUUAUCUGAACAACACGUCUUGAGACGAUCCAAAAGAUAUGAAACACUAUUGACACGAUGA